CGUACCUACCGCACGUACAAGCCAAGCAGCAUCGCUUCCUCCAUCAUGGACGCCAUGGACGACAAUCCCUUCCAGACCGAUCAGGAAGGCUUCGGAUCGCAUGCCGAGGAGCGGCAAGCCCUUCAGCAGGAAGAUGAGCAGGCCGCGCCAGACCCUGCACCGGGUCCCUCGACACCGCCAAUCCAAGCGAACCGACCGCAUCCAGUGGCGACGCAGUCCCCCCGCCUGAGAGAUGAUCCGUCUCGCAAGGAUGCCAUUCAGAUCAUCGACGCUCAAAAGACUUCAGAGGGCGGUACAUCGUCGUCCUACAUUGUCUACCUUAUCAGAUCAGAGCAAGGCGACGCGAGGAGGCGGUACAGCGAAUUCGAGUCGCUCCGUGCCAUCUUACUCAAGCUGUAUCCCGUCCUCAUCAUUCCGCCAAUCCCGCCCCAUCACACACUCUCGGACUAUGCGGUCAAGCAGAGCAAAGCCAAAGAAGAUGCCAAUGUCAUCGCCCGUCGCAAACGUAUGCUCACCGUCUUUCUCAAUCGUAUCGGCCGACACCCCAUCCUGAGCAAGGAGGCCCUCUUUAUCAAGUUCCUGCAAGGCAAUAUACCAUGGGCGGAAGUGGCACAUUCGCCCAUGGUCACUCAGCUGCCAAAGAAUCCCCUGCGCGCGCCAGCAAGAGAUCCGACCGACACCGCCGCUGCGCAACUCUAUGCUUCACUGCCGCUACCGUCUACGGGUCAACUGCCGCAGGAGCCAGACCAGCGCUUUCUUGACUCUGAAGCCUUCACCGCCAAGUUCUCUGCUCAUCUUACCACCAGCAUGGAGCGCAUCAACCGCCGUCUCAUGAAGCGAUGGGCGGAUUUCUCUGCCGAUCACGCCGAGCUGGGCGCCAUCAUGAACGGCUUCGCGUUGACCGAAGGCGAACCCCUUGCGCCUGCGAUCGAGAAGACCGGCCAAGCGGUCGACGCAACCUAUGUUCACACUAACGUGCUCUUGCAAGAGUGGGAAAAGACCUUCACUGAACCUCUGGCAGAAUACGCGCAGUUCAGCACGAUAAUCAAGGGCUUGCUCAAGUUCAGGCACAACAAGCACAUGCAGUUUGAGAUGACGCGUGAUGUCCUCGAGACCAAGCGCGUCCAGCUGGAAGAACUCGAGCGCACAGAAGCAGAAGCGAGGCGGCUAGACUCGGCACUUGAUCGAGCGAGCUCUCGUGUCAGACCGCUCGACAGCCAAGGUGAGGUCGAACAUAGCUCGCGAGCGAGCGAGGAAGGGCCUCAAGACGAAGCCAACAAUGAUCUUGCUUCGAGCGCUAUGCAUGGAAGGACAGACUCCACGAGCUCUGCCAGUCGUCGCGCUGGCUCCUUCGGCUUCUUAGGCUCGCUCAGUCAUUCCAUCCAGAACAUCAUGGACAACGAUCCCGAGGCGACCAGACGGAACAGUAUUGGUAAAACGCAAGAUACGAUUGCACAACUGCGCGAAGGCCUCCUCUCGACCGAACAAGAUCUCGUCUUUGCCAGCCAGACCAUCCAGGCCGAUCUCGAUCGUUUCCAGCGUCAGAAGGUUGCAGACUUUAGAGAGAUGUGUCUCGCCUUUGUCAACAACCACAAAGACUGGGCUCAACAGAAUCUCGAGCAGUGGCAAGAAGCUAAAGCAGAGAUCCUAAAGAUUCCUGACCCACCUCAGCUGUUGUACUCGUAGAGCGUGCAUGUCAUCCAUCAUAUGUGAUUGACGU